UGUACCGUAGUAGAGCGUGAUAUCAUUGUUCUUGGCGGAUCCAUUCAUAGACUUCAGUUGUUUUUUAUUUGAGAAUGAUGUCCAUUUCGAUUUCGAGUUCAGCGUCCGUGUCGAUCUCGGCUUCGACGGCGGCCAGCGUCGCGGCGAGUGCCGCCACCGUUUUGCAGGAGCAGCAGGCGUCGGCGACGAAGAAAAGUGUCGGUGCUGCGACAGGCGAAGAUUUAGAUAAAAGUGAGAUCAAUGAUGCCGUGACCAAAGUGUUGCAGGGGUACGAUUGGACCCUGGUGCCCAUUGCUUCAAAAGCUGCGUCAGACAAAAGAAAACUACACGUUAAAAGGCCCAUGAAUGCAUUCAUGGUGUGGGCACAAGCAGCCAGAAGAAAGUUAGCCGAUCAGUAUCCACAACUCCACAAUGCGGAACUUUCCAAGACUUUGGGAAAAUUAUGGAGGGUGUUGAGUGACAACGACAAAAAACCAUUCAUCGAAGAAGCAGAACGCCUGCGCGUCAUUCAUAAGCGCGAGCAUCCAGACUACAAGUACCAGCCACGACGCAGAAAACAAAACAAAGGUCCCGAUCAGCUGCAUCAACACCAACUUCCACACGGUCAGAAUGUAACUUUUUCCCGACCCUUGAAGCAAGAGGAUUCGCCCUGCAGCCCAAGAAGCCACAGUUCUACUUCUCCUUCAACUUGUUCCUCUCAACCCAACAGUCCGCAAAUUUCGUCACAGUUACUGAGGUCUUGUGACCAGCAUAGUCUGGACUUGGAGUCUUACCACAGAAUUCCCGACAUCGACAAUGCCUACAUGCCUGACGAGUGUUUAGACAGUAGCGACUUGGAUCAGUAUCUACCCACAGAAGCUCAGUACCAAUAUCAACAGCUCUAUCUGAAACACAACCAAGAUGAGGAAGAAAGUAACAACAACUACAAGAACAAAAAACUCUGCACUGAAACAGGUCAAGUAGGUGACCGAUGCGAGGAGAGUACCCCUUUCGGUAGAUAUCAUGAGCUGCAACCAAGUACUGUGAGGUCCGAGAGGUACUUGCAGUCGACUUCUUCUGGCGUGUAUUCUUACCCUUCUGCUCCUUCAACAUACUAUUCGAACAAUGGUCACCAAUAUUUGCCCUCGUAUCAGUACUUACCACAGAGGCCUUCGGUUUUCAGUGGAUCUGCGGCUAUGGGGAACUACACGCCUAUGGAAGGAAAUAACGAGGCGUGGGGGCACUACAGUGUGUGAUUAUCUUGUGAAAAUGAAGUGAUACGUUGAAAUGAAUCUCUGCGGAACUAUUACGAGUGAAGUUGUACGAGGGAAUGAUUAGGGGAGUGUAGAACUCGCUUUGACCGCGUGACUACUUAUGGGAAAACUGUGACUUAACAUCUUUGCCCAAACAGCAAACAAUUAUUUCCAUAGGGUUUGUUUAUUUGGAGCACCUAUUCUCAUUUCCUGAUAACAUUAUUAAAAAUUCAUUUUACCUUAUUUAUGUAUUAGAUACUUUGACUUUGUCGACACAGUAAUCAUAAUUGUUUCAUCAGUUUUUUUAAUGGAUUUCCUGAAAAAAUAUCAGUUUCAUGGUUGGAUUCAUUUAUAGUUACUCUCGAAUAAUAUUUAGAGCAGGGGUGGCCGACAUGAUUAGACCCAAGAUCUACUGUGUACUGACGAAACCAUGUGCGAUCUACAAAUCCUUAAUGGAACAGCAUAGUACAGUACACAAUUAUGUAGUAUAUUUUAUUUUAUCAAGAGGGAAAACAUUCAACUGAAUAUUAUUUUUAUUUAUAUGAGUGUGAGCAUACCGUCUGAGCAUCUUCCGCUAGAUUAGCAAAAUCAGGUUCGUAGUUGGAAAUACCCAACCUUAAAGAAUCCAGUGUAUGAGCGUCUGUCAAGCGAGAACGGUUUUUGUUUUUUGUUUGAGUAGGAAAAUGCUGACUCACAUUCAAAGUCAGUUGCACCAAUUCACACAUUUUUUUAAAUUUGGAUAUUUCUUAUUGGAAACCAAUGCCAGGAAUAUCUACCUGAGAAUAACUUUGCCUACAGAAAUAUGUCCAAGAGCAGAGUAAUAACUUCAUUUUGAAAUAUUAUGUGGUCCAUUUGAAAUGUAACUGCAAAUGUUGUGGCCAUUUCUUAAAU